AUGUUCAAUAUAAGCGACUUUAUUCGGGCAAGAAAACAUAAAACUCUGUCAACUUGGAACUUGGGCUCGGAGCCAUAUUAUGAGAAUCACUCGAUUCAAGAGUGCGGCUUUUUGAUGGAGCAGGUUGCUCUCGGUGGUGUUACUCGUGGGGAGCGGAAUCCAAAGGGCUCUUUGUACCCUACAAUCGCUCUUUUCUGGACCGAGUGGCCAACGGUUUAUUGGGCGAGCUAUACGUCUAACUUUAUGUUAAAAACACCCGCUCUCAAUCCUCGAUACAAUUUUUACCCGAUACCAGUAACUCAUUUUGAAGACGUUCACCAGAUGACUUUCUGGCUUCAUACUGUCAGGGCAUUUGGCACUAAGAUGCUUGGCCUUAGAUCCAAUAAGGUGAGGAUGCAGGUUACUCAACUUCCGCAUUUCCCUGAAACCUAUGUACUAUGUGCGGAUGAUGGCGAAGUUGAACACUUUGAGUGGAAAGCUAGGCAUUUAACUUUAAAAUCAAAGCAGGAUAUGAGUCCAGAUGAAAGACGAGCUUGCAAAGCUGGGGAUGAUUUAAUUAAAAGAGCAGAAUUGAAUGAAGAGUUUUUCAUCGAAAGCUCAGAACAAUCCAAACAAGUGAAGGCUAUUGUCGAUUUCAAUAAAAGUCUGAAGGACAGACUUAAAGCUAUUACUUCGGAAAACUAUUCUAUUCCAGAACAGGAAAUAAGACAGCUAGAUCCGUUGGAGAUCAUCAAGACAUCCAUGCAGACUCAAUAUAAUAUGCUUAUGGGUGCUACAAUGGCUCAUCGUGCAGCGGUUAACACUUAUUUUCAAAUGGCGAUUUCUGGAGAUGCUCCCAUCGAGAUUAAAGAUCAUUUAUUGCUGUUCAACCAAGGAUUUAGAGGAUUUGCCAGACAGAUCGCUCACGAAUACUGGACGGAUGAGUUAUCUCAAGAUUAUGAAGAUAUAGAUGAAAGCUAG